AUGUCUCCCAAACCCGAAGAGGGUGCCCCUCUCCAGCAUACAGAGUCGAACACGAGCAAUGUGCCCGACCUACCCCCGCCGCCGAAUCCUUCGUCCGACCCGCGACUUGGCGUUGCCGACUGCGAAAGCCCACCAAACGUUACCGAGAAUGACGACGUUUUCAAGCUGUCCCCGCGGUCGGCAAUGAAGCUGCUGAGCGGCGGCAUCGAAGCUCUCGUGCGAAUAACCGGCGACAUUCCUCCGACACCACCCCCCACGAGCCCGACACUGCCCAACAUGCGAGGCAUGGCAGCCGAGAAGGCACUCAUCCGCUCCAACUCGGAAAAGAACCUGGCGAGGAUGCUCCAAGAGGCCGAGGCCGCGAUGAGCCAUUCCCACCCCUCCCCCCGCCGACCCACUACGGCGUCCCGAACGAGCGGCUCCGGCGCCUCGUCGUCGCAACUCAUAGACGGCGUCCAUCUACGACAGACGCCAAGCCCCGCACCCACACCGCCCACGAGGCCGCCCGAGCCGUACAUAAUCAUUGGCGAGAACUCGCAGCCGCUCAAUCUUCAACACAGCGCCAUCACACGCAAGUUCUACUCCAAAAAGCCCCCGCCUAUCGGCAUCGAGGAAUAUCUCGCACGCAUCCACCGGUUCUGUCCUAUGAGCACCGCCGUCUAUCUCGCAACGAGCCUAUACAUCCACCGCCUGGCGGUUGACGAGCGAACGAUACCGGUGACGAAGCGGAAUGCGCAUCGGCUGGUGCUCGCGGGCUUGCGGGUGGCAAUGAAGGCGCUCGAAGACCUCAGCUACCCGCACAGCAAGAUGGCCAAGGUCGGGGGUGUCAGCGACCUAGAGCUUGCUCGUUUGGAGAUCAGUUUCUGCUUUCUCACAAACUUUGAGCUGGUGGUGCGGGAAGACACAUUGAAGAAGCACUGGGAGGUAUUGAAGCAAGAGCAACCGUUGAAGCCAAUUCACCCCGGCUUACCGCACCUAUCCCCCAACAAGAAGCCCGGAGGAAUCGAGUCAUCUUGA